ACGUCAGGCUGUGCUGUUCUUGCUUGUUCAAGUGAUCUUCCAGAGUUUUCCCUGCGGAAUGCGUCGGGAGUUGCCCGCCGAUGUAGCGCCUGACUUUGCACCGACGUUUCUCCUCUGUUGUCCCAUGGCGCAUAUAGCGACGGAAAGUUGUUCUAGGACUGCCUCCCAUUCUCCUCAGCCAUCUUCGGACAGAUGCAGUUCUUCAGUGGCAUCCUCGCGCUUGCAGGGAUUGGAUCAGCUUUAGCGACGCCAGUCAUCUAUGAUGGUCGCGCGUCCAUGAACCUUACUGGCGACAUGCUCAACGCCUCGGAGGGCCCGUACCUGACAGUUGUCAAGGGCAGUACCGAGAACGCUACCUACUAUGCCACUUUGUACGAAGACAAGAUGGCACCAACUCCGCUGUGGAGGAACGUUGGCUUGGAACAGGCGAUUGGGAUCUCUAUCGAUAAUACCUCGGUCUUCAUCCCUGGUGGAUCUUCUCCGCAGUAUGGGUUCCGGCGCACGGACUUCAUCGCACAGGUGGACAACAACCACACAUAUCUCGACACGAUCAUGGAGAACGGUACCACUGUCUUCCAUGUCUCGAUUCACGCGGACGGGCGGCUCCCCUUGAACUAUACCCACGAGUAUCAGAUCGUGUGGAUCGAGCCAGACGACGGCAGCCACGUUUGGGACAUCCAAGUCGGCACACCGUUUUCCGAUCCUACCAAUAGGACAGUGGACCCCACGGCACAUAACCUCAAGGUUCGAGACCAUGCCCUGAACGUGCUGUUCGAGGUGCCGUUCACGGCGGAGGACUGGCACAACUUUGCCGUCCAGGUCGACUGGGCGAACAAGACCCUAGGCGUGUUCUACUCCGCAAACAGCGAGGACCUGAAAGCUGUCACCGGGUUGUGCGACAACGAUUCGGUCCCCUCGGACGCAGCCGGUGAAGGGGACUAUCACUUCGGUGUCCUCAAGCUUCCUCUGGCCAACCCCGCGGAUACCCCCGCGGAGCAAGCCGAUGUGGUGCACUAUGGGAUCCAGGAGGGCGACAAGGAGGCUCUGAUCUAUUCUGGCUUCUUUGUCGAGAGCAUCCUCAGUGGUGGUGUGAGCGCGGGACACGGGGGCGUUGUCCAGGCCAUCUCUUGA